UGGGAAUCCUCACGAGCCAUGGUUUUUGUGGAGCCCGCAGCACGCGGGCUUUGGGAUCUCGCGCCCAGUAUCGUCUCAUGCUACGAGGAACGCGCCCUGUUCGAAGAUACGGGCAAUCAAGGCUGGAUCCUUCGAGUGGAAUUUGCAAAGUGCCCAGCCUUGGCCAUGCGCGACUGCCUGGCUGAGCUGAUUCAACGCCAUGGCAGCUGUCGGACCUCCUUCGAGGGGAAGAUGGCGGCCGUGAGGCGAAAAGCUCCAAGCAUUCAGGAGUGCCACAGCCUGGAGGAAGUGCUCCGGCGCUGCUGCGAGCGGCAGCCCUUCCAUGCCUUUCACGUCAGUGGGACACAUGGGAGGGAUGCAGCGGCCGCGGUAGCAGUGGCAGCUCAUCCUGCAGUGCUGGAUGAAAGCUCCUGCCAGCAGCUGUUGCUGGAACUGCUGCAAAUGUUGGCCAUGCUACUAGGCAUCCAGGACUUCCAAUGGCCGACAGUCGGCCCAUUGGACCGUGCCGACCUGGCCGUGGCAUGCCCGGCUUCCGGGCAGAUGGGGCGGGCGCGGCCGGAGAUCGAGGCGGCUCAGGGGCCAUGUGAGGUGGCCCAUGGCAACUUGGAUCCCGGCAGCCUUGUGGCCCUGGGUUCCCAGGAGGUGCUAGUGACGCUGGUGGCAGUGUGGUUGAGAAGGAACUUUGCCAGCAAGCUGGUGAUCGGCAUCCCACAGCGUGUCUUGCCAAACUCGGGUGCCUUGGGAUGCUUCACAGCCCUUCUGUCACUAUCCGUGGAGCUGCAGGCCAAGCAGCGGCUGGGAGAAGCUGUGCAGAUGGUCCAUGAAGAGCUCCAGCGGGCGCGGAAGGAGGCGCUUCGGGGUGAAGUUGGAUGCUUGGAGGAAGGGCGUUGGCCGUUGGCUCUGGUGAAGCUCCGCUCUCCUCUCCCAGAGCUGCAGGAGGUCGUUGGAGCACUCCAGCGGCACGGCCUCGAAGUGACGAUCGAUCCCCUGCCACCAUCGGCCCUUCCCAGGCACCUGGCCCUGCGCUUGGACUUGGACCUCAGCUCCCAGGUGGUGACCCUGGAGGCUCCCAGGGCGCAGCAGCUGCUGGAGGAUUUCAUCUUUCUCAUUGGAAGGGCGAAGUUGCAGCAGCCACUGCAGGAGCUGCUUGGGGCUCCCGUGGAUCGAGUGGAUGCGAUGGUGCCUGAUGCGCCUGAUGUGCUGCGGGCUGCGGUGCUGGAGGCUUUACCUGAGCCGGAGGUCCUGCAAGAUGAUGUGCCGCUACGACAGUUGGGCUUGGACUCGAUCUCAGCGGUGUUUUUGAAGGGCCGACUGUCGGAGCUGUUUGGUGGCAGCCUUCCAGGUGCUUUGGAUGCCCAGAUGUCAACAUUGACAGACUUGGCUGCUGCGCUGUGCGGAGAUGUCCAGACAUCUGAAGGAUGCCUUGGACCUGCAUCUGGAGCUUCAUCGCGGUUGGCUGAAGAGGCGGACUGGCCAAAGCUGAGGGAAUUGUGGGCAGGACAUCAUCAUCUACUGGAAAUGGUCUACGAAACCAGUUCUUUUGUUCUCUUGGGCCCCCCGGCCUGGGCAGCUGCGUUAACGACAUUGCUGGGCUUCUAUCUCAAAUGGAAAGGCCUGGAGACUGUGUUGCUAAGAGUUUCUUUGGUGUAUGCCUUACUGGCAGUGCUGCAGCAUUUUCUUCACUGGAUCCUGGCGAAACUAAUCUUGGCCUACGACCUGCGGUAUGGCGAGCUGACUGCUCACGGUUGGAAAGCCAAGGGCUCCAAGGGCCAGCCCUCAGCGGUCAUCGUGGUAGAAAGCCCCAGAGGCGAACUGCUGGGUGUGCUGUGUGUCCGGACAAGUCUUCGUUCCGGCUGCUGGCGGCGGCGCCGGCGGGUGACCAGCCUGUGGCAUGCCACCGUGCAGCCCGAGGCCCGAAACGCGGGAGUUUGCGGGCAGUUGCUGCGGCGUGCAGAGCAAUGGGCUGAGGAGGUUGGAGCGCAGGAGUUGGAGGCUGUCUGUUUGAAUCCAGCGGCCAAAGCUGCUUGUUGGAAUAUGGCCUUGGAGCUCCAGAAUCCCAAGACGGGACGCUGGCCUUUGAUCCCGGCCUUCUUUUCCAAGACCCUCCGAGAAAUGGCGUGCAGCGUGUUUGCAGAGGCCAAGGUCUUGUGGGAAAGGUAA